AUGAUGGAACUUGAGAGUAUCCAGAAACUUUUUGAAUCACUUUCGGAUGAUCCAAAAUCGGAGCGAGAUACACUCAUAGUGGUCUUGUCGUUUUUCGCUCUCCUUAGAGCAAGUGAAACUGCAGAGCUGAAGUGGGAAGAUAUCAAGUAUUCUAAAAACCGUCUAGAAGUCCGAAUCAGAUCGGCCAAAAACGAUCAGCUAGGUCUGGGACGGAGCACUUUCGUGGAAUGCCCAGUAGGAGGAGAUCUGGAUUGUCUCAUCAAGCGAUGGAGAGUUAGGGUCUCUCUAUCAGGAAGUACGUCAGAGUUCUUGUUCCCGCGUUUUCAAAAAGGUGAUAAGCUAUCAGCAAACACUAUUUCAUCUAUCGCCAGAAGACGUCUGGAAAUGAUAGGAGUGAGCGCCACUCAUCACGCGCUCAGAAGAGGAUCGGCGAACGAACUUCAGGCCAAGGGACUCAAUUUGGAGCAAAUCAAAGCCAAAGGACGGUGGAGAUCGGGAGGUGGCUUGAUGAGAUAUCUUCAAGACAAUCCAAUGGCCCAGGGACUCAGCGAGGUUCCAGAGGAGAAGGAAGUGACAGGGGAAGCUGAAGAGGACGAUGGACCACCACUGCUAGAGAAGGAAGUCUGA